GAAUACUUAGAUCAUAUAGUAUAUGCUUAUCUUUUUAAGAAAUUACCAAAAUGUUUUCCAAAGAAAUUGUAUUAUUUUACAUUCCCUCUAACAGGGUAUGAGAGUUCCAGUUGCUCCACAUCCUCAUCGACGCUUGGCGAAGUUGAUCUUUUUAGUGGUACGUUGAUGACGUGAUCAGCCGUAUCGACAGGAUGUUUCCUGAGAUGUCCAUCCACUUAUCGAGGCCCAAUGGGACGUCAGCAAUGCUGCUGGUGACCUUGGGAAAGGUGUUGAAAGUGAUCGUGGUCAUGAGGAGCCUAUUCAUCGAUCGAGCAAUAGUAAAGGGGUAUAAUGAAAAUGUCUACAUGGAGGAUGGCAAGCUUGAUAUAUGGUCGAAAUCCAACUACCACGUGUUCCAGAAGGUGACAGACCAUGCCACCACUGCCCUGCUCCACUAUCAGCUGCCCCAAAUGCCAGAUGUCGUGGUCAGAUCCUUCAUGACCUGGCUGAGAAGCUACGUAAAGCUGUUCCAGGCGCCAUGCCAGCGCUGUGGAAAGUUUCUGCAAGAGGGCCUUCCCCCCACAUGGAGGGACUUCCGGACCCUGGAAGCUUUCCAUGACACCUGCCGGCAGUGACCCUGGCCUGGCGCCAGGCCAGCCUGCAGACCCCAUCCAGUGCCCCCAGCCAUCCCUGAGCAACACUGUCACCCAGGCUCUUCUUCACCAUGCAGGUGUCUGUCCAGCCACUCUCCCUCUGUCCCACUGUAGGGACAGCACUAGUCACACGUUAGAGCACAGAGAAGAAAAUUUCACAGCAGGCUGUCCCCACGCGUGCUGGCGACACACUCAAGCCCAUCCUCCUGAGUCUGUUGAAGUUAUUUUCACACACUGUGGCUGGGGUGACCCUUAUGCUCAUAUGUUGGCAUGCGGGGUUGGGCUUUGUUUUGUUUUUGUAAACAAUAAACCUUUUGUACCAGGACAAGGCCUUGUCUCCUCUUUCUUACAGCACCGAUUGCAUUCAGCUCAGUGACCGUGAGAGCAAAAUGUUCCUU